AUGUCUUCUACAAGUAAAGUUGAAUCCGCCAAAAAAUUAGCUGCUUAUAAAGCAGUUGAUGAAAAUUUUCCUAAAGAUGCUAAAGUCAUUGGUAUUGGAUCUGGAUCCACUGUUAUUUAUGCUGCCGAAAGAAUUGGUCAAUUGGACAAUAAGGAUUCAUUUAUUUGUAUCCCCACAGGGUUUCAAUCAAAACAAUUAAUCAUUGAUAAUGGAUUAAGAUUAGGUACUAUUGAACAAUACCCAGAUAUUGAUAUUGCCUUUGAUGGAGCUGAUGAAGUUGAUCCACAAUUAAAUUUGAUUAAAGGUGGUGGUGCUUGUUUAUUUCAAGAAAAAUUAGUAGCGGCAUCUGCUAAAAAAUUUGUUGUUGUUGCUGAUUAUAGAAAGAAAUCUGAUAAAUUGGGACAACUGUGGAGACAAGGUGUACCUAUUGAAAUUGUUCCUAAUUCAUAUAGUAAAAUCAUUCAGGAAUUAUCUAAAAAAUUAGGAGCUAAAAAUGUGGAUUUAAGACAAGGUGGUAAAGCUAAAGCUGGUCCUAUAAUUACUGAUAAUAAUAAUUUCUUAUUGGAUGCUGAUUUUGGUGAAAUAGAAAUUGACAAUGUUGGUAAAUUACAUGAACAAAUUAAAUUAUUAGUUGGUGUCGUUGAAACCGGAUUAUUUACUAAUAUGGCUAAUAAAGCAUAUUUUGGUGAAGAAGAUGGAUCUGUUAGUGUAUGGAGUAAAUAG